CGGACUCACUGAUCAUCGAGGGACGUUGCGGGAAUUACUUUGGAUCUUAUAUAUUGCCGAGUCAAGCAAGACGUGGAUACACAACGCGGUUUGCUCACUUUGAAUUCACAUCUCAAUAAGACGAUCUCAUCAUGCGGAAUCUAUUGUUAUUCUGUGUUGCGAUAUUCGCGAUAUCCGCACAAGUUACUGCCGACUCUACAGGUCAGGCCAUGACCGAGAAUGUCUGCAGGUUUGCCGAUAACUUUUUAAAGGUGCUUGCUGUCGAUAAUCCUGGCAACCUGAUAUCCUCGGCUUUGAGCGCUCAACUAUCACUUGCCACGCUUGCUUAUGGAGCAGGUGGUACGACUGCUACCCAAAUGCGAACAGCCCUCUUUAUUCCAGACGACAACGAGCUCGGCCAAUCAAGUUAUCAGUCACUCAUCGAGACUUUGAACGCUGUACAAGGGGUCGAACUACGUCUAGCCAACAAGUUAUUCAUAUCCAAUCGGGUCCCGGUGAAAGCUGACUUCAAAGCAAUGACAAACACUAGAUUCCGCUCGUCAAACCAAGAAGUGAACUUUGGCGAUGCAACUGCAGCUGCUAACACCAUCAAUUCUUGGUGCGAUCAACAGACCAUGCAUCACAUCAAGAAUUUGGUCUCUCCAGGUGAUAUCACCUCGGAUACAGCAUUGGUUAUCGCCAAUGCGAUCUACUUCAAAGGGCAGUGGAACAAAAAAUUUGAUUCAGUUUUAACCAGAAGUAGAGCUUUUCAUCUUGAUGCAGAACGUACCAAAAAUGUCCCUACCAUGCAUAUUAGGACCGAUUUUGUAACCGGUGAUAUUCCUGAAGUUGAUGCAAGGUUCAUCGAAAUACCGUACAAAGACAAUCUGAUGAGCAUGAUCAUUAUUCUUCCGAAUGAAAUAAACGGGCUGAAAACGGUCGUCGAUAAUCUUAAUCUAGUAAAUCUGACCCAGAAGUUGAAAAGAGAUACUUUGAGUCCGGUUGAAUUGUUUUUACCGAAAUUCAAGAUGGAAAGUAAAUUCGAUCUGGAAACGACGUUGCAGAAGUUGGGAAUCUCCGAGAUCUUCAAAGAUUCCGCAAACUUUUCUGGCAUAGCAGACGUUCCACUUAAAGUAAAAAAAGUUGUUCAGAAGGCGUUCAUUGAAGUGAACGAGGAAGGUACCGAAGCUGCUGUUUCUACCGGUAUCACCGUAAUGUUCAGAAGCGCUAGAAUCGAUCCAGAAUUAGUUCGAUUCGUAGUUGAUCGGCCAGCGAUGUAUGCUAUUCGUCAUGUUGCCAGCGAAGCAAUUUUGUUCAGCGGCCUUCUCGUCGAGCCCUACAACUUGCUGAACAUCGGUGGUGAAAAACGUACCUGUCCUUACGAUCGAAAGAGUUGUACUACCAACUUAAUCGACGGAAACACCAAGCAUGAGUCCAACAAAAGUUCUCCAGCACAGUGUCAUCCUGGAUGUCCGGAGCCUAAGAGGCCUCUUCAACCCGAAGAGUUUUGCCCGAAUAUCGGCAAACCGAAGCCGCCGGAGUGCUGCUUCAUUCGCAUGCAGGAUCCCUGCGCGCCAUGUUGCUGUCCACCUCCUCCGCAGUGCGAAGAUGAGUGUCAUCGUGGUCCAAAGAGGGAUCCAAUUUGCGGCUGCGAUUUGUGCAAGAAGAAACAAUGCCCAGAUGGGAAAUGCUGCGGGCCGAAAGAACCGAGUUGUCACAAAGGUGUCAAAGAUCCAACCAACCUCGAGAAAAUCCCCAUUCCGCAUUUCGAGUGGCGUGAUAUUAGCAGCCCGAAACCCAAGGAAGAAUCGUGCAGCUUCUCGAGACCAUCCGCAAUGCAUUCGUGCGAAAGGAAAUGUUGCCAACCGCCAUUUUUGCCAAGCCUCGAUUCCUGUCCUCGUCCACGUUCUCGCGAUCCUUGCGGUUCGAAAGAAAAGACGGUUUCUCCUGAGAAAUCACACGGCGAAUACACGGAAGGAUGCAAGGACUUCAAGGAAAAUCCAGGCUGUGAUUGCAGUCCCUGUCGGGUCAGACGCAUCCUCGAAGGUCCAUUGACCAAGAAAAAAGAAACAGCCGAGUGUGCUAACGACGAGAAAAAUAAUUACCACUCGAGGAUAUGCGAUUGUGGACCUUGUCGAUUUUGCGGUUAUGAUUACACCAACUGUAACGAUGUAUGUACGAUUGUUAUUCAACAGCUUGGGUCAGCCGUUUCCGUAAAAAUGUCAACACCGCAUUUUUAUCACUUGAAGUAUCACUGCCAGACCACUGAUCAAGCUGCAUUUAAAGUGGCUCAUAUUUGUUGUCGGAAGAUUGUUAUUCUUCUCGGUCAGUCAGUUCAGUUCUCUUAUUUGUACCUCCAGAUGCUAGAGCGGUUGUUAUUCGCCGGCCGGUUUGUCAAAGUUGUUUGUGUUUCCUCGUUCAAACGUCAUUCUCGCAAAGUAUUAUUGUUUUCCGUUGCGGCAUUCGCUGUUUCCGCCAUGGCUGUAGAAAGCAACGAAGCACUUCGGACCAUUGCUCGGAGUACCGAUGGAUUUUCUAACGGAUUUUUAAAGACGGUUGCGGAAUUGCAAACAGGCAACUUGAUCACCUCCCCGUUGAGUGCUCAGGUUGUUCUUGCCAUGGCUGCUUAUGGAGCUGGUGGUUCAACUGCCACGCAGAUGCGAUCAUCUCUCGGAAUUCCUGCCGACAACGAAUUUGGUCAAUCUGGUUACAGGUCGCUGAUUGAAUCGUUGAAUGCUGUGAAAGGCGUUCAACUAAAGGUCGCCAAUAAAAUCUACACUUCGAACUUGAUCCCCGUAAAGGCUUCGUACAAGGCAUUAACUGCUUCAAAGUUCUUGGCGGAAACGGAAAGUCUUGACUUUGCCCGUGGAGCCACUGCCGCUGCUAGCAUAAACGCUUGGUGUGAAGAGAAGACUAACCAUCGUAUCAAGGAUGUGGUUAAACCAGAUAGCCUCACUCCUGACACCACCCUGGUUCUUGUGAACGCCGUUUACUUCAAGGGUAACUGGGCCACAAAGUUUGACCCGACCAAGACUCAAGACAGACCUUUCCACGUUGAUACAAGAACUACCAUUAAUGUCCCCACUAUGUUCAUGAAGGCAAGCUUCCGGUACGGAGUUCUUCCGGAAUUGGAUGCAAGAUUCAUCGAACUACCGUACGAGGGUAAAGAACUCAGCAUGAUCAUCAUUCUGCCGAAUCAAGUCGAUGGACUGAAACGCGUACAGGAUAACCUCCAUAACGUGAAUCUAACCGAUAGCUUGAAACGCUCCUAUCCAAGUGAAGUUGAGUUGUACCUUCCGAAAUUCAAGAUCGAAUCAACACUGGACCUUAAGGAAUCUUUGACAAAGAUGGGAAUGUCUGAUAUGUUCGGAAAUAACGCCGACUUCUCUGGCAUGGCUGACGUUCCGCUCAAAAUUAGCAAAGUUAUUCAGAAGGCUUUCAUCGAAGUUAACGAGGAAGGUAGCGAAGCAGCCGCCGUUACUGCAAUGUUUGUGGAAACUCGGUGUAUGAUAAUUCCGCGAACAUUCUCAGUUGACCGUCCGUUCCUUUAUGCGAUCACAUCAUUGCACAAAACUGCCGAAGGCCAGGUAGAAAAUAUUGUGCCAUUGUUCACCGGUCGUGUGACAAAUCCAGUGCGAUAAUUUUUACCGAAUAUUUACGUAGAUUAUUAACGCUAAAUCAGGGUUGUAGAAAUACAUUAACUUUAUCUAGCAAAACUGAUUCGGUAGCUCAACUGUACCAAACGAUAAAACUAAAGAAUAAUAAUCAAUAUAUGCCAAAUUGUGUCUCGACUCUAAUAGUUGCGAAUAAAAGUAAUAAUUUAUGUAGUGUAAAGGGAUUUGUAAUCCCGAGAUACUUAUAAGAACAGUCCUAAAUUGUACCAGUGAAUAGUUGUGUCAAUUUAAUGCUAAUAUUGCAAGUACACUACGUGCCAUAAAUGGAAAAUAUAUAACGUGUAAGUGGAUCGA